GAAGUGCCGCCACUCCGUUAAACGCUAAGGAAAUUCAUCGUUACUAGUGACGCCGUUGAUGCACUCAAUUAUGCCAAAUCUGGCCACACUGGUGUAGAUGUAGACUCAGUUUCGUCUCUCGCUGUACGUUGUAGCCAGUUGUACGGCUAUGGGAGGAAGAUGGAAUCGCGUGCUAGUACGCUAGGAUUGGUCGUGGCGUCGCCCCACUCCGCGAAGGGUUUCAGUCGAACUCGGACCUUCAUCGGGCGUGGAGCGUGUAUUGUUUCGUUGCGUAUCAGUGUUUAAAUUACUCACAGAAAAUCAAGAUCUCGUAGCAUGUCUUGACGAGUAGGAGGGGUUUUUCAACGGGGUUUUCGGCAGACAAGGGUUCUCCAAAAUGGCGGGCGGUCAGCAGCUUCCCGAACAAUACACGGUACCACCGCUCGCUAGGGUCUUCCACAGCCUGCCGCACCUCAACGUUUGUCUGCAUUCGGUCAACAACACCUUCAAUCCACAUUCCGAAAUUUACCUAGAGAGCCUCGGGAUACUUGGAAGUAUCCCCGCAGCCUGGUUAAUCCUAACGUUGUUGGUGCUGCUGGUAUACCUGGUAACGAGAUGCUGCGACCGGAAGCCGCGCCCCAGGAGGUCGAUAACACUGCUCAAGUGUUCGCUGGCCAUCCUGGCGUUGCUCUGUAGCGGAGCCGUUGCCGUCGGCCUCUACGGUAACGAUGACGUGCACAACGGCUUGGUGCAAUUGGUAGCCGCGGCGAAGAACGUCGAUGGAAUCCUGAUGGGUGUACGGAAUCAGACCGACACCAUAGAGACGACGUUGAAGAAAAAGAUACAACCGCAGUUGACCGCGAUGGGGGAUGAAUUCGACGCACCGGUGAACAAUAUGACUAUGUUGGGGUUGCUGCUGGACGCACUGAACUCGACGACGCAGAACACGAGCAUCGCCGUGAACCGAAGCUUCGAAAUUCGAAAGCCGCUGACGGGGAUCAGCCUCGCCGCGGCUAUCGGACUGGGGGAGAAGAUAGAGCAAUUAAGGUGGCCCGUCACCAUGGCUGUCCUCAGCGCCCUUCUUGUUCUUUGCGUAGUGCUGGUCGUCGGAGUAGCACGACACUCCAGAUGCGUUCUCAUAACAUUCUCCGUAUUCGGUCUGUUCGCGGUAAUAGUCUCCUGGCUGAUGGCCUCGCUAUACCUUGCGACUUCGGUAGCCUUGGGCGAUCUGUGCGUGUCGCCGGACGGUUACCUAACCAGGGCAGUACCCUCGACGCUAGCCUCGGAGGUUCUUUCGUACUACACGCAUUGCGAAAACACGCGCAAUAAUCCCUUCACCCAGAGACUGCGCGACGGCCAGCAAACGGUCAACAACAUAAGACAAAACUUGAACAUCGUGACAAGGUUGGCGGUCGAGCUGUUCAAGAAACAACAGCUACAACCCAAGCUUAGCAGUCUCUCGACCGACGUAAACACCGUCGACAGACUAAUGUCCGGACUGACCACGUUGCUGGAUUGCAAACCCCUCCACAAGCAGUACGUUCAUGCAGCCAAGAGCCUAUGUCACCUGGGGUUGUAUGGAUUGACCUUCAUGCUACUGGCGAGCUUGGCCGCUGGUCUCUUCUUCACUGUUCUAGUUUGGGUGGACUCUCACACCUGGAUCUACAUACGAAAACGAGAUUACCACCAAGUCGACGAGCAGGAUCCCUAUCUACCGCCAUCGGCAGCCUCGCAGGCGAUAGCAGCGCGGACCCUUCGAGGCCAAGGGUCGUACCCGCCUACAGCCCCUUCUCUUUAUCCGAAUGCUCAUGGCACUCAAAAUACCAUUAAGCAGCCUCUCUUGCUAACGCCGCCCCCGCCGUCCUACGCUACUGCGACUGCUCGAGCACGUCAGCUGCACGAGAGCAUGCUAAAAGGUGGGGGUGUUAACGGGAGCGGAGGAGGCGGGGAUCACAAAUCGUCUCAGCAUAAUCAGCAGUCGACAGGUGGACGAACUGAACACCGUUCUGGACUCGGAGAUCAACCUGGUCAGUACGCGACUUUGAGCAAACAGUGCAAGACCCUUGAGUCCAGUGAUUUCUACUGAGGGCACGCCCCCGCAGGGCCCGGUAGAGAACCACCUUGGACACCAAGCGUGGCAUCAUACACCGGUACCCUGUCUCACAAUUCUCACGGACCCGCUCAUUUAGCCACUUUUCAAGAUUCUCGAAAGACCCAGACUCUUGAUCCAAAGAAUCUAGCGAAUCUAAAGAGAGGUCCGACACCGGCUUGGAAUCAGAGUCGUCCGUUGCCACCGAAUCCUGCUAGUCAGCCGACUUGGGAGUUCGAAUCACGC